UGCGCGCGCGCGCAUGUACGUGUGCGCGUGCUGUAAUGGUGUGCAUGAACCACUGGGUGAGACGGUCUUUUUGUGUUGGCCGCGAAAGAGGAGGGGAGAUGCUGCCUGGAGUCAGAAGAGGGGCCGCCGCCAUUAUUGGGAAUCUGACUAAAAAAAUAACACUUACCACACACCGUCACACAUUUUUUUUCUAGCCUGCCAGCAGCUCAACAACACGAGCGAAGAAGACGGGAAUUCAACCUUUUCUUUUUCUCCUCUCACCGCUGAGAUCAUUGAAGACAGCUCGCCCCUUUUCCCUCUUUUGGCGAAUCUUUUAUUUUGGACAUAACAAAGGAAAUAAUAAUUGCUCCAAACAACGUGGUGGCGAAGCAAGAAAGACAAGACUUCCCAAAGGUCGUUUUAAAACCGGCACAGCCUCCAUUUCCCCCCUCUUCCUUGUUCAAAGGCGUGUUGAAGACGACUUUGUGCGGCAUUUUUUGGUCGCUUUUCCCCCUUAACUAGCAUUCAGUUGUCGGUUAGCCCUCCGGCACACACACACACGCACGCACGCACACGCGUCGAAAUGCUAAUGUGAAAACUUCAGACGAGAGCCUACAAAGUGACAAGGAAUGGACGCUUAGACUCUUUUCGCCCCCUGGAAACGGAUAAUAAUCGAUGAGAGUGUUGGCGGGGAGUGUUUUGUCUCUUUUUCAACACUGUGCGAGGAGGGAAAGGAGUGGACGGAAUCCGGAGAGGAAGGAAUGUUAUGGGUCAAAUCUGAAUAUCAUGAAAUCCUCUUGAAUGGGAUCCCUGUGUCCUUGGCAGCCUCCGUCUCUCGCUAGAGCUUGAGGCAAGCAUGACAGGAUGAGCUUCUGCCAGCGAUUAUGAUGGCCAAAAAGCAAGAUGUCCGGACACCCACCUACAACCUGGUCGUGGUUGGGCUGUCCGGUACAGAGAAAGAAAAGGGCCAAUGUGGAGUGGGAAAGUCCUGCCUGUGCAACCGCUUUGUACGACCAAGUGCUGAUGACUUCUACCUGGACCACACCUCAGUUCUCAGCACCAGUGACUUUGGAGGCCGCGUAGUGAACAAUGACCACUUCCUCUUCUGGGGAGAGGCUGGGAGGACCAUGGAGGAGGGGCCAGAGUGCCGUAUGAAUGUGGUGGAACAGACAGAAUUUAUUGAUGACCAGACAUUUCAGCCACACAGAAGCACCGCACUGCAGCCAUAUAUCAAGAGAGCCGCCUCCACCAAGUUGGCUUCAGCUGAGAAGCUAAUGUACUUUUGCACAGACCAGUUGGGGCUAGAGCAAGACUUUGAGCAGAAACAGAUGCCUGAGGGCAAGCUCAUGGUAGAUGGAUUCUUACUCUGUGUGGAUGUUAGCAGGGGCAUGAACCGCAGCUUUGAGGAUCAGAUGAAAUUUGUUACAAACCUCUACAAUCAACUUGCCAAAACUAAGAAACCCGUGGUACUGGUUCUCACCAAAUGUGAUGAAGGAGUUGAGCGCUAUAUUAAGGACUCGCACACCUUUGCGCUAACAAAGAAAAACCUCCAGGUGGUCGAAACAUCAGCACGCUCAAAUGUUAAUGUUGACUUAGCCUUCCUGACCCUUGUUCAAUUAAUUGACAAAGGUAGGGGAAAGCCCAAAAUAAUCCCCUACUUUGAAGCGCUGAAGCAGCAGAGUCAACAGAUUGCCUCAGCCAAAGACCGCUACGAGUGGCUUGUCAACCGAAUUGUGAAGAACCACAAUGAGUUGUGGCCCACUGUCAACCUCCGCAUGCAGACAGCCCCAGAGUACAAGGACUACGUCUUCCUUGAGGGGACAGCAAAAGCCAAGAAACUCUUCCAACAACAUGUGCACAGACUAAAGCAAGAUCAUAUAGAGAAACGCAGGAAGGCAUAUCUUAGUUGUCUGCCACAGGCUUUGUCUAUACUCUUACCACAGUUGGAUGAAAUAGACCACUUGAGCUGGUCUGGAGUUCAGAAAGUACUGGAGACCAAGAGAGAUUUUUCCCAUUGGUUUGUUGUGUUAGAUGACACGCCAUGGGAGACCACGCCACACAUUGACAACAUGGAAGAUGAUCGUAUCCCCCAGGACCUCCUUGAAACCCGCACGGCUGAGGCGAUAUAUGAGACCCAUCUGGAGCAGCUCAGGAAUGAUCGCAAACGGGCUGAAAUGAGAUGGGAACUCAAGGAGAAGCUGAGUGUCUCUCCAUUCAUUACUCCAGGCAAACCAUGGGAGGAGGCUCGGAGCUUCAUCAUGAAUGAAGACUUCUACCAGUGGCUUGAUGAAGCGGAAUAUCUGGAUAUCUACAAUAAACACCAGAAGGAGAUUAUUGACAGGGCCAAAGAGGACUUCCAAGAACUGCUUCUUGAAUACUCUGAGCUUUUCUAUGAACUGGAGGUGGAUGCAAAGCCAAGUAAAGAAAAAAUGGGAGCAAUCCAAGAAGUACUCGGCGAAGAACAAAGAUUUAAAGCCUUACAGAAGCUGCAGGCCGAGAGGGAUGCUUUGGUAUUGAAACAUAUACACUUUGUAUACCACCCGACAAAGGACACCUGCCCCAACUUCCCUCACUGUGUGGACGCUAAGCUCGAGCAAAUACUUGCUUUCAGGUUCCCCACUCGCUAUGCGUCACCAGAUAGUUCAAGAUUAGAUGGGAGCAGGGCGGAAAGGAUCAAUCUGGUCAUUCUCGGGAAAGACGGGCUUGCCAGAGAGAUGGCAAAUGAAAUAAGGGCAUUGUGUACCAGUGAUGAUAGGUACGUGUUGGAUGGAAAGAUAUAUGAAUUAGCCCUCCGUCCCAUAGAGGGCAAUGUACGUCUGCCAGUGAACUCCUUCCACACACCAACCUUUGCACCCCAUGGUUGCCUAUGUUUGUACAACUCAAAGGAGUCACUGUCAUAUGUCGUUGAGAGUGUUGAAAAGCUCACAGAGUCAACUAUAAGUAGAAGGGACAGGGAAAACAUUUUAUCCCAGCUUCCACUUUUCCUCCUGCUUGUGACGAAGCGUGGGGUGGGUUCUAUAGGGGAUAUUGGUGGGGAAACGGCUCAGACUCUGAUCCACCAAGGGCUGCAGGUGGCUGCAAAGCAGCAGUGUCGUUACCUCGACCCAGCGUCACCAGGCAUGGGCUAUGGGCGCAAUUUCAAUGAGAAGCAUCUCAACCAGAUGCUGAGAGGCCUAUUAGAGUCUCGAAGAAGCCUGCGCAGCAGCUCACCACCCUUACCCCUGUCCUCGUCUGCCUUCAGAGACUCUCAGUCCCAACCAAUAGCAGAAUCAGACCUGAAGAUUGUCAUGUGCCUCAUGUGUGGUGACACGUAUGAUCUAGACCAGCUUCUUGCUCCUUUCUUGUUGCCCCAGCAUUGUCGACCCACCAGCAACCUCAACAGUGGCACCUCUGUCCUGCUGGAUCUCAGUGCAGGUGGUCAGAGGCAGACCAUUGAGCUGUCCUUGCUGUCCUUCCAUUCCUCAUUCUCCUUGCGGAAGACGAAGCUGGUCCAUGGCUACAUUGCAGUUUACUCUGCUCGCCGGAAAGCCUCUUUGGAAACAUUAUGCGCUUUCCUAUGUGAGGUUCAAGACAUCAUUCCAGUCCAAUUGUUAGCAGUCGGGGAAAGCCAGAUGGAGCUUUCAGACUCCGAAUCAGCUAAGGAACAAGUCAGUCAGGGAGAGGAACUCGCUCAUGAAAUUGAGGCAAGGUUUAACACAAUAAUAUGUGGGCAUGGGGGAGUUGUAGGCGGGCUUCAUAAAAUAGAUCUUUUCCAGUCUUUUCUCAACGAGAUAGUGGAAAAGCGCACUAUUAUUGAGGCUACACACAUGUACGAUAAUGUGGCUGAAGCAUGCGUCAAUGAGAGCACCAGCCCCCGUUGUGGCUCCCCCAGUCCGGUGAACAUUCUCAUGGAUUCAGAAGACGAUAUUGACCCAUCACCGCCUUACCCAACCCUGAGGGAAGAUGGAAGUCUUGGCUCCCAUCUGGUAAGCUUCAAGCUACCAGAUCUUGAUUCAAGUGAUACGUUUUCUGUCAUUUCUGAGCUCAGCACUUUUGAGAGCAAGCUGAACAACAAGGUACCACCUCAAGUGAAACCCAAACCUGUCCGCAAAGUCAAUCUUGGACCUUACAUGGACCAGCAGGUUGGCACCAAUCGACGCUCCUUGCCCCAAGCGGUCACCUGGGCUCCAGUUAGUGACACUGGCUACGAUCCCUCGGACUACGCCGAGCCCAUGGAUGCUGUGAGCAAACCUCGACACGGAGUAGAGGAGAGCAUUUACUCUGUCCCUCAUGAUAGCACACAGGGCAAGAUCAUCACCAUCCGCAAUGCCAGCAAAGGUCACUCCAAUGGGAGUGCUGGGGGGAAUGGGUCCGACAGUGAAGCUGAUAGCAGCUCACUGGAACGCAGAAGAAAGUUGUCAGCCAUCGGAGUAAAGCCGAAGCUUUACAGAGACAGAUCCAAACGGCUUGGAAAGUUCAGCAGUUUCAGGACAAGCUUCUCAAUAGGCAGUGACGAUGAAAUGGGGGGUCCGCCCAAGGCUAGCCAUGAUGAUGGAGGAGCCCAAAAGGACAAUUCCAUUGAAGAGAGCGAGGAUCCUAAAAAGAGAAAUAUCCUGAAGAGCCUACGCAGAAAUGCUAAGAAACAGCGAGCUAAGCCGAGGCAUUCCAUGUCAAAACAUAUUGAGAGCAACUAUUUCGGAAUGCCAUUGGUCGCCGCGGUAACUCCAGAGAGGCCAAUCCCAGUGUUUAUUGAGAAGUGCAUCCGAUUCAUUGAAACAACAGGCUUGAGCACCGAGGGCAUCUACAGGGUCAGCGGGAACAAGGCAGAGAUGGAGAGCAUGCAGCGUCAGUUUGACCAAGAUCAUAACCUGGACCUGGUGGAGAAAGACUUCACGAUCAACACAGUAGCCGGCGCCAUGAAGGCUUACUUCUCCGAACUUCCCGAACCUCUGGUACCCUACAGCAUGCAGGGCGAGUUGGUGGAGGCUUUCAAGAUCAACGAUAGGGAGCAGCGCUUCCAGACGAUGAAGGACAUUCUUCGUCGCUUCCCUCGGGAGAAUUACGAAGUCUUCAAAUAUGUUAUCAGCCACUUGAACAAGGUGAGGCAGCACAGCAAGCUGAACCUGAUGACCAGCGAAAACCUCUCCAUCUGCUUCUGGCCCACGCUGAUGCGGCCCGAUUUCACGACCAUGGACGCGCUGACCGCCACGCGCACCUACCAGACAAUCAUUGAGAGCUUCAUCCACCAGUGCGCGUACUUCUUCUACAACCAACCGCUGGCCGACGGCCUCCCGGGCUCGCCCACCUCCACGCUCUCCUACGGCGGGGGCACCUCGGCGUACUCGUGCAUGGCCGGCGGCUACUCCUCCUCGCCGGCGCCGUCCCCCCCAACCCCUUAUGUCCUCCCGGCCACCCCGCCUGUCAUCCCGCACUAUGGCCCUCCUGUGCACCACCACCAGUCUCCGCCCCGUUCCCCGCCGCCCACGCCGCAGUUACCCCUCCCCGCCCUGCUGCCGCCCUCCCUGCAUCCCCAUCACCCCCCUACGGAACAACACACACUGUGAACCACGAAGGGAUCAAGGGAAUUGCCAUAAAAAUAAAAAAAAAGAUAGAUAGAUUGAGAAUGCCUCGGAAAGAGAUUUUGACAAAGUAACCGACGGAGAAACAGGGACGGGAAGUGGGAAGAGGCCAUUGAGGGAUCUGCAGUCUGAACAGGAAGAUGCUCUGGGAGAGGGCGUGUGAGCCUCCUGUGCUUGUACAGAGAGGCCCACACUAGCCACUUCAAUCCCCCCCCCCCCCCCCCCCCCCGUCUCCCCCUCGGUGACACUUCCAAUUGGGACCAGCACGGCUAUGGAGAGUAACAUAUUGCUCGAACCCUUUAGAUGAUGUCACGCAGGUAGAACGUCAACCGGGAACGCAACCAUCGACACAUUAGCAGCCCCGCCGCCCAAUUUUUUUUUUCAUUUUAUCCAGCUAUAAAAUGACCCCUCCCCCCUCUCCCCUACACACAUUUGUUCACUCAAAUUCUUAUCGCUACCCAUGCACACAAAGCCGGUUUCACUCGAGGCCUUUUGCCAAACACCGCAGGGAGAGAACACAGAAAAACUCAACCGACCGGAUCUUCAGAUUGGGGCAAAGCAUCGUGGCCGCACUCACGCUCUUUACAUUCAGCCUACUGUACGCUGCAUGAUGGAGUUACUGAUGAAGAGUUCAUUUUAGUCGGCCCACACCUCCAGUUACCACCCUUUUCUGUUGCUAAUCAAUGUGUGUGUGCGCGUGUGUGUUCUUUUUGCUUGCUGUGUGUGUGAGUCAUUGCUGCGGUUUUCACUGUAAGGACCUUGUUCAUAAAGCACUUUUCUGAGCACUUUGAAGGCACAUUUUUUUUUUGUAUUGGAGCUGUGACUUCACCCUCACUCAGUCUUCUGGGAGCACACCACUCACAUCUAGAGGAACAAUCGGGGUAUUGCAGUCACUGUGUGGGCAUUGUGCCACUUUCACUGCUGUUUGUAUUUUUUUUUCUUUUGAUAACAGCUUUCAAUUUUUCAAAGAUUGCGUUACCCAAGCUUUUUGCGCUGAGGCACAUAUUUGACAUUAGUGAAACUCUCACGGCAUAUCAAAUAACUGAUAUGCAGCUUAUCUCUUAUAUUGCAAAAGAGCAUUUUAAUUCUUUUGCCUGUCACUAUACAUCGCUGGCAUAGAUGAACAAAGACACGUUUUUUUUAAGUAGAUAAAACAUAUUCAGACAAGUGAAGUUGGACAGUUUCCCUCACACAAUUGAGAUUAUUUACCUCAAGGCCCCCCAAAGCAUGAUUGCAGUAAUUACAACUUUCCAUCAUUGACUUAAAAAAAAUAACAAAUCACAUUUCCGGAAACCUUAAGUGAGUGUAACAUGAAAAAAAAACUUUAAGAAAGGUGAUAAAAAAUAUAUAAUAAAAGUCAUCAAAAAUUGAGAGUGAACUCAGAUUUGAGAAGAAAACAAAGUGUUUUUUCUGAGGCUGUUGCUACUUGAGUCUUUUAGGAGUACAACUUUUUCUUAAUAAUGUGGCGGAAAUAGCCUGAUUAUAAAUAAAAUGUAUUAUUAUUAUUAUUAUUAUUAUUUCUUGGAAAAAGUGGCCAUACUUUUUUCCUUCUCAAGCAUAAAAGAACAAUCCCCAAUUUUGUCUGAGAUGAUUGUAACUUUCAAAUGAUAACAGUUGAUUCAUUUUCCCAAGUUAAUUUAGCAUUAUCCAAUAAUUAUUAGACAAAGCAAGACUAAAUUAAUAUAAUCUCUUGUUAGUCCUGGUCUUAUAAUAUUACCGCUUCAUUCUUGGAAAAAAAACCCCAAAUAAAUAUAAAUGGAAGAAAAAAAAACAAAAUCCUGGACAAAUAGUUGUAAUGUUAUGGAGAGAUUUCUUUCCUCACUACCAUUUCUUAAAAUGUGCAGCUUUUUUUCUGGUAGCAUCAUGACGUUAAACUUUUAAAAUCAACUAACUCAUCAACAACUUGUACAACUGCAGUUUUUCCCCAUACUGUCGCUUUUUUUGCACCCGCUUGUCGCUCCCCUUUCGAGUGAGUGGCUCUGCUUGUUUUUCGCCAAUAGAGAUCGGAACAGACAGUCCAUUCAUCCUUCAGCACGGCCGGAACGGAGCAUCCCAAAUUCCCUUCCGUGGCCUGCUGUUACCGUAGAAACCGGCGAGAUGGGGGGGCCCGGAGGAUCUCUAAUCCCAACCGCUUUUGAAGUGCGUUUUUGUGUAUUACGCAGAUGCUCACCAAGGUCAUCUGAAAUGUCCUCGUUGGCCUGAAAUGCCUUUUAAACAUUCGCUGAACUCUUGCAGGAGCUUUUCUCACACAACACUACCUAUCUACCCCCUUUUCUUCAUGUGCGUGCGUGUGUGUGUGCAUGCAUGCUGGAAUUAGGAGUGUGUAUCUGUCCGUGGCAGACAUCCAGACAGCAUCGUGAUCCAAACAAAGGUGACGUCAAGGAAUGCAGCUCCCCUCGUGCUCACUGCCCCCGCCGGGUAAGCCUGUUUGCUCAUCUACAUUAUGAGGAACGACGGGAGCCCAAUGAUGACUUGGGAGGGAGGAAGAGCGAGAAAGAGAAAAGUGUCGACCACUGGUUGUGUGUAUGUGUGUGCGUGUGCGCAGGCACGAGUGUGUGAACCAGUGAGUCCAGUCUGUGUGUUGAAAUGAUGGUGAGGCAGCCAAAGACCGGACAAAGAAGGUGACCGUGCAGAACAAUGGGAUAUUAAAACAAACAAAUGUGACUUUUUUUUGCUCCAAAUAAUGGGGACAGAUGUCGAUUAAGUUAAAAACAAGAAAAAAAAGUAUAUUGAAUGGGGUUCUUUAUGGUAUGUUGGUGUGGGCCCGGGGGGCUUUGACAUUUUGCCCUUUUGUCCGUGGUAAUAGAAAACAUGUUUUUUUAAAAAUUGUUUUAUGUUAAUAGUAAAUACAAAUGCAUUUUCUUUUUGUUUUCAUUUUGAUGCCCACUAUAGUGCAUGAAUUCUUCCUGCAAAGGAAGAAGAGGGCUUCACCACUUGGACUAUUUAAGAGAUAAGGAAAAAAUAUUAGGAACUGUUUUGGGGGGUGGGGGCCAUAAUGUGAGAAAAAAACAAGUAAUGAAGAACUGUAAAAUGAAAAGAUAACAUGUCAAUUGGUUGGGUUUGGUAAUUUGUCUCGAUGGGAAGGGUGUAUACAUACAGCAAGGCCUUGUGUGAUCUGUAUCAUAGUUAAUAAAUGAAAUCUUGUACAAAGGUG